ACAGAACUUCAUCCUCAGUGACGCAGAAUCAUAAACCCUGUUUCAACCAGCCACUCCAACUAACUUUAACCAACCUGAGAAUUGGCAGAUUUGAUAAUGAAACAACAAGAACAUUUGUUUUAUACUGAACAUUAUAUACAAUUAAUUAGGGACUUAGCAUUGUGGGAGAUAUGAAGCUGUUAUUAGUUACGUGUCAUCUGGAAUAUGCCAGAGCUGUUUCGAGCGGCAGCAGAGGCGUCUCCUCAUCACAUCCUAAAGCUGUACAAAGCAAAUGGCAGCGUGGUGAAAAUCUCGCCCAUGCUGGAGCCCAACAGCCAGGACUCUUACUACCGGCUGGAGGUGGUGGCGUCUGACUUCCAGAGUGUUACCAUGCCAACUGAUGUGGACAACAUGGAGCACAGGCUAUGUCACCUGGAGACCAAAGUCUUGGAAGAGGCAGGGAAAACUCCAGAAAUCAUCAGAGACCUAAAGAGUCAAGUGGAGUCUUUCAAGCGCAAACUUGAGAGUGUCAAGCAUCUGAGCUGGAUGGGUCUGUUCAAGGAUGACAGCACCCAGCAGCUUCCCAAGUUCCCACCUAAAGCUAAAGGGCCUCAGUCGAACAUGGAAGAGGAGCACCAGCAGGUCCGCACGAAGUUCUUAAACAUGAGCUCGCUGCAGGUAACAGAAGAUGUGAUAGAGCAUCUGAAAACUCCCAUUUUUGACAACUGGCAGUGGGAGGCGCCAGAGAUGCUGGUUCUCCUUCAAGUGAUGUUCACCGACCUGGACUUCCUGACAGUGUUCCACGUCGAGGUGGACGUCCUCCAGAACUUCCUAUUUGAGGUCUACCGCCACUACAACAACAUCCCCUUCCAUAACUUCCAGCACUGCUUCUGCGUCACCCAGAUGAUGUACGGGCUUAUAUGGCUGACAGACCUCAGGAGAAAACUGGGUAUGAUGGACCUUCUGAUCAUGCUGACCGCCGCUCUAUGUCAUGACCUUGAUCACCCCGGCUACAACAAUGUCUACCAGAUCAACGCUCAGACUGACCUGGCUCUUCGUUACAAUGACAUCUCUCCAUUGGAGAACCACCACUGUGCAGUUGCGUUUGGCAUCCUCGCCAAGGAGGAGUCCAACAUCCUCAAACAUCUGACCACAGAGCAGUACAAACACAUGCGAGCAGGAAUCAUCAAGUGCAUUCUGGCCACCGACAUGGCGAGACACAAUGAAAUCCUCAACAAGUUCAAGACCAUCCAGCCUGUGUUUGACUUCAGAAACAAGGAUCACAAGGAAGUGCUCAUGAAGAUCAUGGUGAAGGUGAGCGACAUCUCCAACGAGGCCAGACCAAUGGCAGUGGCCGAGCCCUGGCUGGACUGUCUCCUGCAGGAGUUCUUUAACCAGAGUGACACAGAAAAACUCAAAGGGCUUCCAGUGACUCCAUUCAUGGACCGCGACAAAGUGUCCAAGCCGUCCUCCCAGACCAGUUUCAUUCGCUUUGUCCUGAUGCCGCUCUUCACAGAACUUACAAAGCUCUUUCCCUGUCUGGAGCAACAUAUUCUGGAGCCAGUGAGGCGAGCCUUGGAGUACUACUCGGACCUGGAGAGAGCCACCCAGGAAGGGGAGGCGGCCAGCAAACCCUGAUGAGAAAGACUUCAAAACCAAAAAUGUUUUAGCUACGGUGGCUGGGAAGUGCAAAACAAUAUAACAAAUUGUGAGACACUUUUACAUUUCAGAAAACAAACAAAUAUACAUUUCAGAUAUACAUUAACAUAACAUGUACCAUAUCACAGUUAUUGAGAUUCCCACAUGUAUGUAUAUAUAAAUAUAUAUAUUCUUUUCAUGCAUUUUUUUUAAAACAUUUAACAGAUAUUACAAGAUUCUUUUUUUUUUAACAAAAAAAUCUCUUCUUAACAUCAAGUCAACAAUUGUUGUGCACUUAAUAUUUGUGUUUUUCAUUUCAUUUGUGUGUUUUGUGUUAUGUGUGUUUUUCAUUUUUUCCAUGACUUCUGAUUUCAUAUCUAAUUCAUUGUUAACAAUUUGUGCAACAAUCGAUUUCUGGGGCAAUUGUGUAUAUGAAAUAAUAUGUUGACGUGACUACACAUUGAUAUGAUUUUCAUAGUCAUAAGGGCCCUCUGAUGAAAACCUUAACUAUGAUGUGGCCCAUGACAGAAAUAAGUGGGACACCCCUGCGCUCGAUGAAGCCCGAUACCACACUUUGAGUACCACUGC